AUAAUAUUCGCGUCCGUUAUUAAUAAGACGCGAUCAUAACAAUUUUAAUAGACGAAAUUGUUAUUCAAAUGUCCCACGGCAUGCGCGUUCUCCUCCUCCCGCAUGGGAUUGGCCAAACCGCGCAUCUCGCCCGAAUGACAGCCCGAUCACGGGAAACGUGAUUUCGGCGAUCCAGUAGCGGAAAAUCGAGUGUGCAGUGACAACGUCGCCACCGUCGAUUGUCAGGAAAACAGCCUCAGAUUGACGUUUCUCCUGUCAUCAGUGUCAUUCCCGUCAGUGUCGGCGUGUUCGAGCGGUAGCAGCGAGUGCGUGCAGUGUGUUGUGCGAGUGUCGCGUCGAUCGAUGUCUACGAGGAGCUCUUCGGCAUGAUGUCCCUGCUUCAGUGAAGAUAAACACGUGACAAUGCUCCAGGACCUCACAUAGCGGCCUGCUCUAUCGGAGGGGCUGCAACUGGUAAUAAAACGUAAACGAAUGCAAAUAAUGCCUUCGGUGCUGGAAGAAGCGGCUGUCGAACAAGAACAAUCGAACUCUUACACAUCGUUGGUAGACUCGACCGGGAUCACGGUCGUCCCGCCCAGCCCUUCUUCCAAACCACUGAAGACCAUCGGCGAUGUGACGUCCUUACUCCAGCAGGGCAGAAAGCAGGAUGCCAAGCACCUACUCCGGAACAACGCCUGGCCCGUUGACAGCCCCAUUCGGGGCCAGUUGUGGUCCCUUCUCUGCAUGCAGCACCAGACCAAGUCCAACAGCAUGUCGGACGGUUUCUACUGGGACAUGGUUAACCAGGUCUUCGGUAGUACGGAAUUGUCGGACAAACCCAUCAGCUUGCCGCCGUUCGUCGAACCGUCCCACUGCCAGCUGUACUACCUGACCCACAAGGGCAGGAGCGUGGCCGACAGGGUGGUCUCGGUUCUGGGAUACGCCUGCCCGGACAUCGUCUACAGCCCGACGAUCUACCCGAUCUGCGCGCUGCUGCUCCACUACAUGUCCGAAGAACAAUGCUACCAUUGCAUGGCGAGUCUCGUAGCGGCUAAAGAAAAAACCUUCAUCACUCAAACGAAGCUCUUGUACGAAGUCACGUGGAAGACAGUGAUGCAGAUCUGCAAGAAACACGUGAAGAGCGCCGCCGUUCACCUCCAAAGGCACUGCCCCAGCUCGAGAGCCGAGCGCAUCUACAUGGACUGGAUCUGGUGGAUAUUCCAGGGUCUUCCCUUCCAGCACCUCGUCCGCGUGAUGGACUGUUUUUUCCACGAAGGAAUCAAGGUUCUCUACCGGACGGCGAUGGCAAUUCUUAUCCUUUUCCACAAAGCGUCCUCGUCGCCGUCCUCCGAAUGGAUGACUGAGAUCCAGAGGAACGGCAUCGACGCGGCCUUGAACAAAUUCUGCAAGGAAAUGCCGGUGACACCCCAGAAAUUGUUGAAGGUCGCAUUCGGGAUCCGAGGACUCAGUUCGGCUUACAUCUCGCGGGUUUUCAUCCGUACCGAAAUGGUAUUGAAAAGCAAAAAUGUGAUAAACGGAUCUAGGCAGUUAGUCAGGUCUAGAUCCAGCGAGAAUCUUCCCAACAGCCAGAGCCAGAACAACAUACAGAUGGUUUCUCACACACUCACCAUCAGAGAGAGAAUGUCCGAAGAGAUGUACAAUGAAAUGGGAGCACACUCGCCAGGUCCUCGAACCCUCUCCAUGGGUAUCUACCCCAUACAGAAUAUGAACACGCGUAUCCUCGACCACCAGGACCUCUUAACACUGUGGUCCUGGCUACCAGUAAGGAUAACGAUGUACCAACCGAUAUUGCUAUACACGACAGAAGAACACGGAUGUUCACUCACCACUUUCUACGUCCGAGUGGAACACCACGAACCAACGCUACUCAUGAUCAAAACGUGCAACAAUGAGGUUUUCGGCGCCUAUUGCUCUUCUCGAUGGGGUGAAAGGAACCAAAAAGACGAUAGGGGUAAUAGACAGGCGUAUUUUGGGACCGGAGAAACUUUCCUGUUUUCGCUGUAUCCGGAGAGGGCAAAGUACCAAUGGGUUGGUAUUGAAGGCGAUAAAGUAGGGCACGGGGCGGAGUUAUUUAUGGCCGCAGAUUCGAAGAUGAUCACCAUAGGGGGAGGGGAAGGCCAAGCCAUCUGGAUGGACGAGAACAUCAGGUUCGGGAAAACGGACCGCUGCCAGACGUUCAACAACCCCCCUCUGUGCCCCAGCGGCGACUUCGAGAUCCGCGUGCUGGAGGUCUACGGUUUCGCGACCGAUCAGCUCAGUUAAAACGAAGAUAUUUGAUCAUCGAACAAAUUAGAAGGCAGUAUUUCAUUUCAAAGAAGUUUUCGUUAGAGAAGAAACGAACACAUUUUGUUACGUUUUUUAAUUGUAUUUUUAAGUAAGUCGAUGUACCUGGUUGGAGAACUAUCACUGCAUUCCAUCUUAAUCAAGGAAGCUUAUAAAAGUAGACGGCGCAGAUCAAUAACGUACGAAUGACAACAUUAUAGUUUCUAGUCGUUAAAAUUGUGUAAUUUUAAGUGAGAUGGAUUUUACAGUAUAUCGGAACAGUAGAAUUUUAUCUCCUGUUUUAAGCAUAAUUGUAUAUAUGUUCUUAUGUAUAUAAUGUAAAAGUAACAAAGUACCAAAGUUAACAAUCUCCUUGUUUGAGUCGCUUUUAAUAUUUAUUACGAUACGUAAUACGAUAUUUUACUUCAGGUUUGUUUCUGGAUUGACAGCAACGCUGAUAUUACACACAUAUUUGACAUUUCCAUCGAUCGCAUGGUGCUCUCGCGGUGGCGUUAUUGACAGCUACGUAACGACGUAAUGACGUAAUCACGAAGUGAUGACCUUCGCAAAAUUGUUGAAUUUUUGUUUUUCGUUAUAAUUAUUUAUUUGUUACUGACUAACGCUAGACUCGUCACGAUCAUAUCAUAGAGAUUGUUGGUGCUUGGAUUAGGUUAGAACGUGGAAAUUUUCUACAGCUACAUGUCACAUCACAUUUCAUUUAUCAAGCAACUGUAGUCAUUUUUUAAGCUACCAUGUUUCGAUUAAAGGUGUGUUUAAAAAAAAUUAAAACAAACAUGUAAGAACAAGUUCCUACGUGUCGUAGAUAGUGUCUAAUAUUUAUGCAUGUCAGGUAAAUAUCAUCAAUGUGUACGCUUUUUCUGUUGAUUUAAGGCCGGGGACAUAUCUAUACAACACCUUGGUUACAAUGUUGGCGAGAUUACGCGUCACCGUUUUGCGGGUACAGCUCGCUUUCAAUGUAUUUAUUUUCAUUUGACACCAGGGAGCGAAAUUCCGCGCGCUAAACUACGCAGCUGAAGUUCCGCCAGAUAUGUCCCCGGCCUAAGAGUAUUUUUUAUUUCGCCGCCGACCAGUUUCGUUGAUAGUGCUGCAGAAGCAAUAACUGAUGUGAUACUAUUUUUUUAUCAAGAUUGUUGUGUAUUAUCAUUUAAUACGUAGAAUCUUGGUCAAUAAUGUGUUAACAGUUUAUGUAUAUAUAAUUAAUUUUUAAAUUAAUUUCCGACUGUUUUCCCUGUAGUUACCACUCUUAUUCUCUGUACUGAUGUAUCUAUUGUAUUAUUCGUACGACCUGUUAGCCGCAAAAUAUACUCAUAUUACAUACUUCAAA